CCUUGAGCUCAGCAGGUCACGUCUAGCACAACACGCAAUAUGAAAAACUUGUCUCAAUGAAUCGCAACCACUUGAGUCCUGACGAACAGACGAAGGCAGACUAUGCCAAAGGCUCCCCCACCGAAUUCUUGCGCAACAUGUCUUCGGCGCAAGUUGAAGUGUGAUGGACAACGUCCAGUAUGCAGAAGAUGCGCUGUGGGCAGCCGAGAAUGCAUUAGACCCGGCAGAGUAAUCCGUUUCGUGGUCAAUGGUUCAAGGUCGCCAACAACAAGUACUGUCAACUCACACGCAUCAACAUUCAGCCCUCAAAUCGAGGCAGCCGAGCCCGAGUCACCCACACCCAGUGCUCCACGUGCUUCAGUGUCCAUCGAUCGGAUCGAAUCCCUGGCCGCUUCAGAUCCCACCAAGGCCCUUGUCGACCUGGAGAUCGCGAACCUUUUCGCACAUUACAUCGCCGUUCUCGCCCCUUGGUAUGAUCUCAAUGAUCCUCCUCGGACAUUCGGGACAAUUGUGCCAGAGACAGCUUUGCAUAUGCCCAUCUUGUUUAAAGCCAUCAUCGCUUUUUCUGCCUGCCAUCGGAACAGAAUCAACGGCUCGGCCACCGAAGUCGCUAAUGUCUUCCAUGAUGCGUGUGUCGGGGAUCUUCUACAGUCAAUGGAAGUUCCUGAUACCAGAUUUAAAGGGAGCAAUCUGGCUGCGACUUGCCUCCUCCGCUCCUAUGAGAUAAUCAACGGUGGUACUCAGAUACAAAGCCAUCUUCUGGGUGCAUACUCAUAUGCCACAAGCGAGGCGAUCGACUUCUCAGAGCCUGGGAUGUUGCAGACUGGCGCGUGGAACUACCUCCGAGAGGAGAUAACUGUUGGGCUCAUCCAACGUCGUGGAGUCCGCAUGGGUCAAAUAUUUGACGGUCACCUCCAGCGUGGUCCGCAUAAAAUUCACCCCAGUGACAGCAUAACUUACCUCCUUGCUCAAAUCAUCAACUUCUGUUUCCCAGACCCUUCUCUUCAGACCUCCCUGCAAGAUAGGCACACGCUGUGGCGAUCAAUCCAUGCGGACUUUAUGGCGUGGAAGGCCGACCUUCCUUCCACUUUUGAACCGUUCAGCUUGGCCGCCAAACCAGGAAAUCCAUUUCCAUCCUUGUGGAUGCUGCGACCUUGGCAUGUGGCUGCACAACAAUAUCGAGCAGUGGCCGAGAUCAUGCUGGCACUGUACGACCCAUGUCCGACUGGCGGACAUCUCGGUCCUCGUAGUUUCAGGUUUGCGGAAGAACAAGCAUUAGAUAUAUGCGGUCUCGCGUGGACCAACGAAGAUGACUCGGCACGCGUCAAUGCUUUUGGACCAUUGGCAUUUUGUGGCAGAUAUCUGAGCCUUCGACAUCACCAAAAAGAGCUCGAAGAGUACUUGCUCCAGUCUAGCCGAGCGACUGGUUGGCCUGUAAACGAUAUUGUCAAGGAUCUGCAGGUACAUUGGGCUGCUGGCUACUAGGCCUCCACGCACUCCAAGGUGACACCACAAACGAGUGCAUGUCUGAGCAAUUCCCCGCCUUUGGUAAAUGAGACCUGCUCCACUCGUACCCGUCUCCGACAAUCUCCAGUCAGUCCGGGGAUGAUUUGCCCCACUGCCUUUGAGUGCUCGGCAUAAGUUGACCUUUAGAGACAGUUUUGCCGACUCUCGGUUUUCGGGCUAGUGAGGCUUGCGCAUCCACCAUAUAGACGAGGAGUUUACUACUUCUAUGACCAUCACGGCGCUAAGCACGGGUCUCGACCUAGGCCCUCCACGAGGGCCUCCA